AUGGCGCCCUUUCCCGAGUCCACAAUAGACGUCGGUUAUCCCCUCUACGGAUGCGACUUCGAUCCUCAAGACUCAAAUCGCCUAUUUGUCGGUGGUGGAGGAGGAGCAACAAAAAGCGGUGUCGGAAACAAGAUCACCCUGUUAGAUGCCUCGUCUCUCGACAAGCUUGAGCCUGCCGGGGAGGUCACGCUGAGUGGCAACGAGGACAAUGUCGCGAACCUUGUCGCCGGCCAGCGCAAGGGCAAGGCCACCCUGCUAUAUGCCGGCAUCAACUCAAGCCCGGACGACUUGAAGAAAGAGAAGAACGAGCAUUUCCGGGUCUUCAGCGUUGAGCCACCUAAGGCCAAGGCUGUGCUGGGGGCCAGGAUCACAGAGCUCUCGAGAACACAGCUAUUUACGACCGCGGACUCCGACACAUACCAACGGCUACUGAAGCUCUCACAGCCCUUCGCUGGCUGCACCCAGCUCGGUGCUGUGGCCACAGGAUUCGCAAACACCACCCACCAAAUCGCCCUGUACGAUGUCGCGACCGGUACCAACGUUGCGCCCAAGCCCAGGGGCGUCCUGGAAACCUCGAAAGAAGCCGUCGACAUGGACGUAAUACAGACGGCCGAGGACCAGUUCCAGGUGCUGUACUGCGACGACUACGACAUUUACUCAGUCAACGUGCCCAAAACCGGCGAGAUCAAGACCGAGCCAACGCGCAUCUACACCAUCCCCCACGACGACAGUUCCGGCCUGCGACCCGCCCUCCGCUGCCUCCGUUAUCUGAGCCCAAGCUUCGCUGUCGGCGUCGGAAACCUGCCCCAGGCCGGCGGCGUGGUGAUCUACGGGUUCCGGCUGCCGAAGCCCGGCAAGGAGGACACGCGCGCGCGCAUCUCGGUCAACGCCAAGCUGCCCAAACGGCAGGGCUUCAAGGCGACAGGGCUGGCGGUCGCCAACCUCAGCCCGGUCUCAGCGCCGGGGGCACCGCAGGGCGACGCGCAGUUCGUGCUCGCGGUGACGGGCACCGACCUGGGCAUCCACCUGUACACGCUGGACCACCAGAUCAUCGGCGACAUCGACAUGCUCGCGAACCUGCUCCCGCUGACGACGCUCCGCGCCGUGCACGCCGCCAUGAUCACCAGCCUGAGCUUCAGCCAUUUCGCGCCGCCCAAGUCCGGCACGGGCCGCAUCCAGCACCUCAGGCUGGCCAGCACGUCGGUCGCCAACGCCGUCACCGUGCACAGCCUCCCGCUGCGCAAGUUCAUCGACCCGUCCGCACCGGUGCGCCGCGGCGGGCCCCCUCGCCAGCCGCGCUACAUCCUCGCCAUGAGCAGCCGCAGGCCCACCAUCUGGGGACUGGUGGCCGGCAUCACGUGCUUCGUGUUGGUGCUGGCCAUACUGCUGCAGGGCAUCCUGGAAGUCAAGGGCCUCGCGCCACCGACCGUGGGCGGGCACAGGUGGCUUCCAUCCGCUAUCCACGCUGUGCCCCCUAGGCCUGUGCCUCAGCACAGCGGCUUCUUGGCAAAGCUCCUCGCCGAGAAGGCGGGCGGCUCGGGCGACGAGCAUGUCGUCGUGCUAGACGUGGACGGCAAGGAGGUCGAGGUCACCACCACCACUACUGCCGCCGCCGCCGAGGGCGAGCCAACAACCACCACCUGGGAGAAUUUGAAGCCUGAGCAGAAGGAGGCGUGGAAGGACAGGCUCAGGAAGAGCGGGCACUGGGCCGAGGAGUACGGCGAGACCAUCUUCAAGGGCAUCCUGUUCGGGGAGCUGGCGGGCGUCGUGGGCGGCUUUGUCGCCGGUUAG